UCACGCCGGCAUUGUCAAAUCUUGGCCGGUUGUCAGCCUGCACGAUGUGCGCGAACUCACCAACGUCCGUCGCGCGCACGAGCGUUUACGUUUCUCCCUCAUCUGCUUCAUGCGACGUGCAAGCGCAAACCUCGGGGCUGAGGCGUGUAAAUCAGCUUGUACAAAACCUCUCAGCGGAAUCGAUCGCGCAAGGUCCCAACAAUGGCGCCGCUCCCCUCACCACUGGCAGUUCUAACAUCGUGAAGCGGACAAAAAGGUUGUCUUCGCGAAAAGUAGUCCAAUGGCCCGAUCUUUCUGAAGAAGGUGAAAACAAGUGCGAGAGCAGGCUUGAUAAUUGGGUAUCCUCAGAAGGGGACCUAUGUAGAUCUCCGUUAUGCUCGAGGGGAUGA